AUGUCGUUCCUCAUCGAGACUGCCGGCCGCCGCAUGGCUACUCUCCCCCGCGUCGUCCCUAGAGCUGUUGCCGUCGCCCCUAGAAGCUUCGCCACUACCACUCCCGCCCAGAAGUCCGCGACCGAGACCGUCAAGGAUGGUCUGAAGACUGUCGACCGCAAGGUCAGUGACAAGCUCGUCGAUGGCAUCAACAUCGGAUCCAACGUCGCCAGCAAGGUCAAGGAUGCCAGCUCCGAAGUCGCCCAGGGCAACACUAAGGGCACCGCGGAAGAGCUGCGAGGCGAGGCCAAGGGCAAGGCCCAGGAGCUCGAGGGUCAGGCCAAGGGCAAGGCGAACGAGUUGGCCGGCAAGGCCAAGGGUGCCGCCGACCGGGUUCAGAAGAACCUGUAA